AUGAACGGCGUGGACGUGUUGGGGGUUUCAGGGUUUCAUGCUCUCCUGAUGGCUGGCGAUGCCAUGGCGUGUACAUCAGUGCUUCGAGACACGUUUGCCCAAUGCCGUGACUUUGCAAGGUGUAAGCGCGACCUGGUUUGCAUGGUACGCGCUUCGACAGACGUUCCUCGAUGCGCUGCAACGUUGACAGCGACGUUGCUUUGCGUGUGGUCGGAUGCGACGACACCCCUCGCGUACUUGGUCUUGAUGGCGUUGAGCGAUCUCACUAGCUCGGGCGUCUUGCCUACCGACUGGGCGUCCACGGUGCUGCCUCCCGCAAUUCGAGCGGAAGUUGCAGUCGUGGUCGAGGCAGCGUUGUCCACCGAUAGUGGCGUGAGCCCCAAGGUGGUCGUGAAGACGCUAGCCCUGUUUCAAAUCGAUCACAUUGGGCUGGCGGUGGUCAUGGUGUACGCCAAGAAGCUUGUGGUUGCAGGCGCCUAUGUGUCCGUGUUGAAAUGCGUCGAGCACUUCACUUGGAUGCCGUGGCCUCAUAUGGACAUGCUCGAGGCGUUCGUGGCUACGAAGUCUUGGCCCAUGGCAGAGCAACUAUUAAAGAUCAUCCAUCCCGCAUUGGAUGGCCCUACGUUUCGGCACUUGACUAUGUCGUUGGUGACGUUAUCUACCCAGCAACAAGAGCUCAAGCGGGCACAUCGAUAUGUGCAUCAAUACAAUCUCCAAGACGAGUUUCCAAACAUUGACAGUGUCUUUCAAAGGGAAGCGUUGGACAAAUUGUGUGGCCAGCGCAAGUGGGCCAUCGCGACCAACUUUGUCGGCAACAACACGGUGCUUCAGGUUGAUUUAUAUCAUAAAAUGGCCGCGGCUGGCGAGUACGAGCUCGCAAACGACCUUCGCGACAGGUUUGACUUAACUGAUGUCGGCCCACGACUUGACCGUACAGUGAAGCCACGCUCCAUCUACUUGAACCUGCCCAAGUCGAUUGAAAUCGUCUUUUGCGACACGGACUCGACCGUGCACACAAUGGAAAUGUAUUUCAAGGAAGUCUUGAGCCGUGACGUGCGUUGCUGGGUCGGCGUGGACGUCGAGUGGAAGGCAGUGUUUGAUAAAACCGAGAUGGCCAUGGCGAGUAUAUUGCAGAUCGCUGUCGGCUCCAAAGUGUUCAUCGUUGACGUCAUUGCUUUGGAGGCAUCUACAAUGUGUUUUGAGUGUUUACACCGGCUGUUCACGAACCCAUCGUACGUCAAGAUUGGGUUUGGCUUUGCCACGGAUUUAAAAGUGCUGCACCAGUCGUUUCCAGAUAAACUCCCGUGCUUUCAAGCCGUGCAUGGCCACGUCGAAGUAGACACUGUUUUGCGCCACGUAGCUCCGACGUAUUCUGGAAAGAGCUUGGCCGAUGCAACAAGAUUUCUACUGGGAAAACCGCUGGACAAGAGACACCAGUUAUCGAAAUGGGAACUCCGACCAUUGCAUCCCCUUCAGCUCCAGUAUGCAGCAUUGGAUGCAUAUUGCCUCGUGCAAAUGGCACAGUUGCUCGUGAACAUGGAGUCUUCGUUCAUGCAACGCUUGACGUCGCUAUCCCUCGACAUCAUCGACGACAAGGAUGCAAUUCAAUACGCUCGACAGUACCGGCAACUUCGUCUGCAACGAGUAAUGAACUCGCAUCCAUCGGACGAGGAUCAUGUGAACCCCGUGGUGGCAUUUCUUCAAGCCCAUCCAAAUGCAGUGGACGUCCAAGUAGUGUCGAGUGCCGACGAAUUUGAUGACAAUGCUGCUGCUGCUACCGAGAGUGAACUUCAAGUCGUGGGCAACAGCUUGUGCUUGAUGGUCAACUCCGCCCCCCAUGUCGCCGUGCUGCAUCAGGGCCAUCGACUAGACUUGGCUUGUGUGGCCAAAGCUGCUGGUGUGUCGAGGCGCAAGGUUCGGUUUGCAACGCCGCAAGAAUGCGUUCAAGUGUUUGGGUAUGCCCCAGGCACAGUCCCCCCCAUCGCGCACAAGGCCCCCGACACGUGCAUUUGGGUCGACUCACAACUGCCCCAUGGUGUACCGUUGGUAUUGGGCGGUGGAGGCCCGAACACGGUCUUGAAAUGCUCUCUGUCGACGCUGUUGAGGCUGGCGCCGCACGCCCAAGUGGCAGUGCUGACUAUUAAUAGUAGUGCUUCCGACACAAAAACCGGACCAAUCGAAUCGUCGUCGCCCAAGUUUCUAGCCGAUUCCAUGCUCGGCCGAGUGGCCAAGUGGCUGCGGAUGACGGGCGUGGACAUUUUGCAUUGGGAUAUCUCCGUGAAUGCAAACAAACACGACAUGCUGGCGCUCGCGACAGGGGACGGUCGCAUCGUGUUGACUCGGGACCGGAAACUUGCACAGCAACGCGCGGCGUUUGCGUGUUACGUGGUCGCGAGUGACCACGUCGAGGCGCAAUUCCAAGAGAUCAAAAAGCAUUUUGGAAUCGAGUACCACGAGUCGGAAUUCAUGUCCCGAUGCGCCAAGUGCAAUCAAAAGGGGUUCAACAUCGUGGAUGUGGCGCAAGUGGUCGAGAGGGCGGACGUGCCGCCGCAGAAAGUAACUGACACAGUCCAAGAGUUCUACGAGUGCCAAAGCUGUCGUCAAUUGUAUUGGGUCGGACCCAAAUACAGCACGGCGCAGGCGAAAAUGAAGCAGAUAUUCCAGUAA